GAGGGCUCCCAGGAGCUGAAAUGUCCGCCAUCUUGGAGCGUCGGUGAUGGUGGCAAGUGGUGGCUUUUCGGCCUGACCGGAGGCAGCCUGGGGCCUGUGGCGCGGGGACGUGCUUGCCGAGGAAGAAAUCUGCUUCAUUCACUCCUAAUUCAGUCCUGCUAAUCUGCUAAUACUGUAGACUGAAAAAUUUUUUGCUGUUGCCAGAAUCCCCUGUAAUGGGCAAGGAGCCUGAAAGAAUACCAAUCAUUGUUUUUUAACUUUAAAAAAAAUUUGUUUUACAGGACCUGGGCUCCUGUUGAAAAGUGACGGAAUAAUCUCUGGCCGGCACCUGCCAUGUUGAGGGAGCACCCCUAAAAGAGCUUGCCUGCGAGACAGUUUGUGAAAUAACGCAGUAACAUGUUUGCAGUAACCAGCAUGUUUUGGAAAUUUGACCUCCAUUCGUCAUCCCACAUAGAUACACUUCUAGAGAGAGAAGAUGUAACACUGAAGGAAUUGAUGGAUGAAGAGGAUGUUCUGCAAGAGUGCAAGGCUCAGAAUCGCAAACUUAUAGAUUUUCUGCUGAAGUUAGAAUGUUUGGAAGACUUAGUUUCAUUUAUUAUCGAAGAGCCACCCCAAGACAUGGAUGAACAAAUUCGAUAUAAAUAUCCAAAUAUAUCAUGUGAGCUGCUUACAUCAGAUGUCUCACAGAUAAAUGAUAGGCUGGGAGAAGAAGAAUCCUUACUUAUGAAACUGUACAGUUUCCUCCUGAAUGAAUCUCCUCUAAACCCUUUACUGGCCAGUUUCUUCAGCAAGGUGCUAAGUAUUCUAAUAAGCAGAAAACCAGAAGAGAUUGUGGAUUUUUUAAAGAAAAAACAUGAUUUUGUAGACCUCAUUAUUAAGCACAUAGGGACCUCUGCUAUCAUGGACUUGCUGCUCAGGCUACUGACUUGCAUAGAACCUCCACAGCCUCGGCAAGAAGUGUUAAAUUGGCUAAAUGAGGAGCGAAUCAUCCAGCGGCUUGUAGAAAUCGUACAUCCAUCUCAAGAUGAAGAUAGGCAUUCAAAUGCAUCACAGUCACUCUGUGAAAUUAUUCGUUUAAGCAGAGACCAGAUGUUACAAGUACAGAACAGUUCAGAACCGGAUCCACUGCUUGCAAGUCUAGAGAAGCAAGAAAUCAUAGAGCAGCUGCUAUCUAAUAUUUUUCAUAAAGAAAAAAAUGAAUCUGCAAUAGUCAGUGCAAUCCAAAUACUAUUGACCUUACUUGAGACAAGACGACAGACAUUUGAAGGCCAUAUAGAGAUCUGUCCUCCUGGCAUGAGCAAUUCAAAAUAUUCAGUCAAUAAAAGUGUUUUAGAAGCCAUAAAAGCACGACUUUCAUCCUUCCAUGAACUCCUACUUGAGCCUCCAAAAAAAAGUGUCAUGAAGACAACCUGGGGUGUGUUGGAUCCACCUGUGGGAAACACGCGUUUAAAUGUGAUUAGAUUAAUAUCUAGCCUUCUACAGACAAAUAUAAGCAGUGUGAAUCAGGAGCUUAUAGAGCUUAAUAGCAUAGGAGUAAUACUGGACAUGUUCUUUAAGUACACAUGGAAUAACUUUUUGCAUACGCAAGUAGAAAUCUGUAUUGCAUUGAUUCUUGCAAAUCCUCUUGAAAGCACAGAAAAUGGCACAAUUACAGAUCAGGAUUCCACUGGGGACAAUCUCUUGCUGAAACACCUCUUCCUUAAGUGCCAAUUAAUAGAACGAAUACUUGAAGCAUGGGAGAUGAAUGAGAAGAAACAGGCUGAAGGAGGAAGACGGUAUGGCUAUAUGGGUCAUCUGACACGGAUAGCAAACUGCAUUGUGCACAGUACAGAUAAGGGGCCAAACAGUACACAAGUUCAGCAGCUCAUUAAAGAGCUUCCAGAGGAGGUCAGAGAGCGAUGGGAGACAUUCUGCACAAACUCUUUAGGAGAAACUAACAAGAGGAAUACAGUGGACCUGGUUACUACCUGCCACAUUCAUUCUUCCAGUGAUGAUGAAAUUGACUUUAAAGAAACUGGCUUUUCGCAGGAUUCUUCUUUGCAGCAGGCCUUUUCUGAUUAUCAGAUGCAACAAAUGACGUCCAAUUUUAUUGACCAGUUUGGCUUCAACGAUGAGAAGUUUGCUGAUCAAGAUGACAUCGGCAAUGUUUCUUUUGAUCGGGUCUCAGACAUCAACUUUACCCUCAAUACAAAUGAAAGUGGCAAUAUAGCCUUGUUUGAGGCAUGCUGUAAGGAGCGGAUACAGCAGUUUGAUGAUGGUGGCUCUGAUGAAGAAGACAUUUGGGAAGAAAAACAUAUUGCAUUUACACCAGAGUCCCAGAGGCGUUCCAGUUCGGGCAGCACUGACAGUGAAGAAAGUACAGAUUCUGAAGAAGAGGAUGGAACAAAACAAGACUUGUUUGAAUCACACACCAAUACAGAGGACAAAAUGGAAGUAGACUUAAGUGAACCACCAAACUGGUCAGCUAACUUUGACGUGCCCAUGGAGACAGCACAUGGUGCCAGUCUGGAUUCUGUUGGGUCUGAUGUGUGGAGUACAGAAGAACCUAUGCCAGCAAAAGAAACUGGUUGGGUUUCCUUUUCCGAGUUUGCAUCCUCUUUGAGCUCAAAAGAUUCCUUAAGAAGUAAUUCUCCUGUGGAAAUGGAAACAAACACAGACCCAAUUGAUCCCUUGAGUGCAAAUGUAACUGCUCUUGCAACACACCUAGAGACCCCAGGAAGUGUUGCCAUGGAGGCCAGCUCAGAUGGAGAGGACGAUAUAGAAAAUGCAGACAAGGUAACUGAAACAGUAAUGAAUGGCAGCAUGAAGGAGACACUGAGCCUUACUGUAGAUGCUAAAACUGAAACAGCUGUUUUCAAAAGUGAGGAAGGAAAAUUGUCUACCUCGCAGGAAGCUUCUUGUAAAUAUGUAGUAGAAGAGAAUGCAGAGGUUACAGAAGAGGCGUCUUCAGCUCUGCAGCCUACUAACAGCAGUCCAGAACAGAGGACUGAUCAACACACCCAUUUAGGAGAGGCGUCUGUUAAUGGCCCUGUAUGAUAUGUGAUGUCUACUACCUUGGCUGAAGAAAAUGAACUGAUAUCCAGGUGUUUGAGUGUUUCUUUGAGGAUUUCAUCUAGACCCUGUUGAAGCCAGUCACUGCUGCACUAAUUUCGCAAGGGAUCAGGACCAGCAACAUUUAUAUUCUAGAUUUUAAGACAUUGUACAGAAAUUCAUAAGUGUAAAAAUAUUGCACAUUGAGAAAUACCAAUAAUUUUUGCGUAUGUUUAUAUUGUAUUGUUCUAAAUAAUGGGUGGCCUGUGAAAUAAGAUCCUGCUACCCACGUAAUGAUGACAGUAGUGUUACUAUAGUUAAAAUGGCUGUAAGAAUAGUUUUAUAAAAAAAGUGAAUACACAAAUCUAAUGUAUUUGAGACAUUACUAUUUGACAAUUAGUGUGACCAAAGUAUUUAGCAGUUUUCAUACAUUUUUCACCUUGUAAAAAGAAAAAAAUUAAUUCAUGUUUCUUCUGAAACUGAAAUGCCCUAUAAAUGUUAUUUUGGUUGGUUUAGCUUACAAAAGUGAUUUACAUAAGAAUUUUUUGGUGUUCAGCAUUUUACAACAGGUUUUUUAAUCAGUAAUUGUUUUCUGUAUUGUUCAGAACAGAUCAAAAAUGUAAGUCUAUUGGUAGAGAUUUUAAGUAUUUAUUGCUACAACUUAGUUGACAAAUUGAUGUUACUGUAAAGCCAUAUGUUCUGUUAAGUCUUGUUUGCUUGAAACAAUACCUUACAGGUGAAACACUAGAAUAUUUGAAGUGCACAUGGCUUGUUGUGUUUGUGAUUCACCUGCCUUUUAACCCAUUCACCAAGAUUUAGUUUAAUACCAAGCAUUAUACAAUGGAACAUUUCAGAACAAUCUGCGUAUUUAAAACGCUAUAAACCUUUUAGACAAGUCAAAUAAAUGAAAUAAAUGCCUGUGCUGCUAAUGCAAUUACAGUACAUGCAUUUUGAAAGUAUAUAGUGUUUUUAAUACAAAUUUUGGCAGCAGAGCAUGUUAAUUGUUAUUUUCACUGUACUGAUCUGUGUGAGGCUUUCAUUUGUAUGUUCUAACCAGUUUUUUCUCAGCUGGUUUGUGUAUAUAUAUAUAGUGAUUAUGGAAACUAAUUCUGUGUAAUUUAUAAUUUUCUAUGUCAGUGUAAAAUUCCAACAGCCUUCUCAAACAAACAGAAGCAAUAUAGUGUAUAUUGCCACCUUGUCUGGUGAAAGGGUUAAAGUACUUCACCUCCUGCACUUUCAGAUGCAAAUCAUUUUUUGUUUCUGUAAUAGUUUUAUUCAUUUAUUUUUUACAUCAUUUGUUUUCCUGACCAGUAUUUAAAGCCAAAAGGAUACUCUAAACAAUGGCCAAUGAUUUAUUUUAGAAGGCGUCCCAAGCAACGUGCCUAAACAUUACAUUGCAUACAGAAAUAAUAAAACAAACAAAAACUA